CCUCAGGAGACCUCACUCACCGAGGAGGUGACCAGACUGCUGUUGCCACGGAGACUACUAGGCGUUCCGGUUGCCCUGGUGACGGAUCCUCCACUCCCGGCCAGGGUUCCAGAGGCUUCAGUCAAGGCCCUUCCUCGUCGGCCCUGGAUCCUCUCGUCCCUCCCCCUCCCACCCUUCUUCAGAACUGGCCACAGCUCCUUUGCGAUUUUCUGCAGGUGUCCAAGUCCCCUCCUCAAGUUGUGACUUGCAGGCAAGGCCUCUCAGCACACAGCGCCUGCAGCCAGUCCACAACCACAAGCGCCUUCUCUCCCUCGGGGCCAAUACUUCCCUUCCCCGCUUAAGACAAGAUCCUGACCUAAGGACUUGUAACAGCCGAGACAAAGCCCAGAGAUGGAAGCAGACAAGGUCACAGAAGAGCCUCAUACCACCAUGGAUGCGGAAGAGAGCCUUUCUUCAAAGGACCCCUCUGCUGAGGACUCACAGAAGCCCCCUAUCCCUGAAAUCCCCUUAGAGCCUGCCCUCUCUGAAACCCCUUUAGAGCCCCUUGCCUCUGAAUCUCAUAUGGUGCCAUCCACUUCCCAGAUCCCUUUAGAGACCCACACCGCUGAAACCCCUUUGGAGCCUUCCAUCUCUGAGAUUCCUUUAGAACCCUCUGCCUCUGAGGUCCCUUUGGAGACCCCUACCCCUGAGACCCAGUUGGAGACUCACAUCUCCAAGGUCACAGAGAAACACCUUACUUUUCAGACCUCAUCAUUAAGCUGUGUCUCUGUGUCUUCCUCUGAUUAUCUGAAGGAAGCCUUCUCUGAGUCUUCCUCCAGUGAGGGCUCAUGGACAAGGAGGUCUAUCCAGACCUCUGAAUCUAAGAGCGUUCCAAAGCACUCCCUUUCGGGCCUUCCAGCCCAGGUCCACCUGGACACAUCUGCAAAAGAUGGGGAAGAGGAAGAAGAGGGAGAGAAAGGGGUGGAUGCCACUGAUAGCACCACGCACGCAGCUCAGCCUGAACACCAGCUGGGUUACACCAUCCACCCAGUGGUCCCUGCUGAGCAGGCAGACCUGGUGGAAGUGACUAAGUCAAUGCACGAAGGGAAGUUUGGUGCUCAGGUGAAUUAUCUUUUCCAGUGGGAGAAGGAGGCAGCCCUGAAUGCCAUCCAAACAGGUCUCUAUAUUGGCUGGCGCUGCCCCCAUUAUCUAUGGGACUGUUUCCGGAUUGGGGAUGAGUCCAAGUGCUUUUGUGGACACUUGUUGAGAGAGCACCAGAUCAUCUCAGACAUAUCCGUGCCCUGCAAUGUGGGCCAGUGCCGCUGCCUCAUGUUCUGCUUUAUCCCAUCACGCCCAGAGGAGGUGGGUGAGCUCUGGCUCAAGAGGCGGGCCACCUUUGACCCCAGGGCUUGGAGAGCCCGAUGUCGCUGCAAACACAGCCAUGAAGACCACGCAGCUACCACGUCCCAUUCCUGCAGGGUCAAAGGCUGUUGGUGCAACUGCUUUGAGUCUAAUUUCCUCUGUGUGGCCUGUGACUGGCGCUGGGAAGAACAUGAGACUUUCUUUGAGACUGAGGAGACCCAGCAGCGAGGAGGGAGGCCUCACGGUGAGGGGGCAACCUGGGGUAGGGGCCCACUCCACGGUCUGUAAUCAGAAGGCCAGGCAGGAAGGCACUCCUGCCCUACACCAUCCCAUCCAGGACUACUUCACCCCUCCCUCCUGCAUCCCAUACCUGCACUGGUUUCCACCCCCAGGAGCAGAUUAUGUGCCUUUAGCGGAGAUGCCUACCCUCUGAGAAGCCAUCAUCAACAACUCUGACUUCGAGGCCCUCCAGAAGAAGGGGCCCUCUGGCCAUCCCAGCCCCCACCCUAGUCCCCCUGGGCUCCCUAGCCCAUGCAGUGUCCAGCCCGGCCCCAUAUCUGACCCCUGUACCUGACCCUUUCACCUCUGCUCUUCCCUCCUCCAGGGACAGACACUGUCAACACCUGGUGCAGGCCUCUGUGAGCCUGGCCCAGAUCAGCAAUAAAGGGAAAGCCACUGGAAUCUGGCUGGCUCUGUAUGAGGCAGAUAGAGCCCGGCCCGGGGUAGACACCCUAGGGCCUUGGGGUUGGCACCUACAGGGGGUGAGAGAGAGCACCAGGCAGGAGAGAGGCUGGAUCCAGCCAUCUGCCUCCACUGCACCCACGUUCAAACUGCUAGCUCUGGCAUCAGGAGGACAGAGUGGCUUCAAGGAAGCCAAGGAGGGAGGGGAAUUCAAGAAGGAGCAGUGAUGUUAGACACAGGUAGGGGCUCCAGUAAGACAAAGACUGAAGAGUGUCCAUCGGAUUUUGCGAUCAGAAGGUCUUUGGUGACUUCAGAGGGUGCAGCUUCAGUGGUGCCGUGGACCAAACAGCAGUGAGUGUGAAGGAAUUUCUUUAAGAAACUUAGACGAAAAGAGCAGGGAAGAAGUCAGACAAUAUCUACAGGGGGAUGUGGGGUCAAGGAAGCAUUCUGUAUUUAGGAAAAAGGGAGGGGCCAGUAGAGAAAAAGACCUUGAAGGGUACAGAAGAGAAAGAGAGAUGCCUGGUGAAGCCACAUCCCAAAGAUGGAAGGAGAGGAUGGGGUCAAGGCGGAAGUGAAGGGAUUCACUCUGGACAGGAGAAACACCACUUCUUGAGACCAGGAGGAGGAAGGAGGAUGGAAGAAACGAUGGAAGGAAGGAUGGGGCCUUCACUGAGCUGCAGGGAGUAGGAUCUGGUGGAAGUUGCCCUGUAAAGUAGGAGACAAGGUCAGCUGCUGGUGGGGGAGGAGAGGGAUAAGAGUGGGAGGCAGGAGACAGGAAGGGAGGUGAAGGUUUGGGAAGGCUAAUGAGGGAAACUGCAGAAAAACCUGAUCGGUGGGCAAUUAGGGAUUCAGGUAUAGUUGGAAGCAGGAACCUAGUUAGAGAAGCAGAGAAGCAAAAUAUUUAGAUUAA